ACAACCGACUGGAGAACUUCAAUGGCAAAUUGAAAGAUGUGUGCCGUGUGCAUUCCUCUUUUCCAGACUUUGCCGGGGCAGUGACCGUGCUGCUGUUCUCACAAAGGCGCGACCAUCAGUUUCAGACCCACAAGAUGUGACACAAAAGGCCUGUCUGUAUCCACACAGGUGACAUGGGUGUGUAUCAGGCGCACCUGACGCCAUUUGCUUUCCAGGCUGUCGAAGCGCAGGCAAAGGUGAUAGAUAACGUAGAACUGGAUCGGGUCGGUGAUGAGUUUAGGUGCACCACUACCUCAGGCUGUCCGAUCACCCCAUCUAGCACUCACUGUCAGUGCUCAUUUCGUAGGAGAUACCAGCUCCCAUGCAGGCACAUGCUGAGGGUGCGCCAGGUUCUGGGGUUGGGUUUGUUUGAGGACACCCUCUUCAGUUCCAGAUGGAAUAUGGGUAGCCAGCAUGUUCCAGUGACCCGACGUGACCCGACUCUGACCCUUCAGAGUGCGCCCAGGGAGACACGGGCCCUUACACAGCACGAGCGCUACAGAAGAGCUUUGGCUAUUGCUAACCAGAUAGCAUCAGUAGGUUCUGAACUUACAGGCGAUGGGUUCGAUGCCUUCACCCAGGCUUUGAAAGACACCCUGGCCAACCUCAAGCAGGGUCAGAUGUAUGCACCUGUCAUCCUGCACAAUGCAGGCAGUGGUGAUGCCCAUUCCUGCACGAAUGACAUCGAUGCAGGUGUGGAUGCUGACUUGGGGUCACAGCCUUCAGAUUCUGCUCCAGAUCAAGACGUGGCUAGAGAUGUCUUCUCCCCAGGACCUUUUAGCCAGAGCGCAGCUGGAGACAUCCGCCCCGUCUCCUCCGCAGACAGCUCCAGGCAGGGUGUGGCUACAGAGGUACGUACCGUCUCCUCAGGACCUUCUAGCCAGAGCGCAGCUGGAGAUACUAGCCCCGUCUCCUCCGCAGGCAGCUCCAGGCAGGGUGCGGCUACAGAGGCGCGUUCCGUUUUCUCCUCAGGAAGUUCUAGCCAGGGUGAGGCCGAGGAGGGCCGCCGGGCCCCUUUUGCUGGCAGUUCCGAACAGGUCUCUUUUGGUGCUGGUUCUGUCCAUGUCACAGAUCGAGGCAUGCGGAGCGACUGGGGCAUAUCGCCGAACUGGAACAUCUGAAGGAACCUGCCAAGAUCACCAAGAACAAGGGUCGGCCGCGCGGAAGCACGGCAACCAACGUCAUCGGACUGCCAAAACUGAAACGGAGAACUCUGGAGACCUUCCCAGAUCUGCUUUUCCAUGAAAAGCAGAAUGCCAUGCUACGCUGGAUUCUCGAGAACCCAUCGAAGGAAGGCCUGUUCGAUGAAGGGGACGUGCGGGCCUGGGAUGUCAUCCACCUCGGCAGGCUGAAAGCGAAUCCAGAUGUACUACUAUCUCUGGGACAUCGCUUCACCCGAUCUGCGUGGAAGAUGCUCCUGGCUGGGGUGGACCAGUUCGAUGAAGAACGUGAUUGGUUGUGUGGUUGUGGGGAGGACCACCUGGUUGGUGCCUCCGUGCAAUGUGGUGUGUGUGAAAUGUGGUUCAGCACGCGCUGUUCUGUUGGUUAUGUUAGGGGUAUGGGUGCAUGUGUAUGUUCACUGUGCAAGUAGCGGUAGUUUCCCCCAGAGCAGAGGUUGCCUUGAGUGGCAAGUGAAAAGUUUAGCCGUCUUCCUUUGGAGUUAAGAGAAUUGUUACAUUGUUUUAAGUUGGCCAUAUCAGAUGCAGUGCGACAAUGGCCUGCCCUAGCCGUCGGUAGGUCGUCAUGGAUCUGUGAAUGCCAUGACAGCAUGGGUGCAUUUGUGUUUGGCGCAGCAUAUUGGUUAAUUAUGUGUAGCUGUACAUAGUUACGUUGUAGUGGGUCGAUGAACAGUUACCUUCUUUUGGCACCAAACAUAAUGUCGUUGCGUUUGGACGUGUCAUGUCGUUGUCCCUGACUUGCUGUGACACGGCUGACCAGCGGCGGUGGAUGCAUAGCUUUAGCUGUCAUUUCCGUUUGAUAAACAUAUGCGUUUUAUACAUUAUGCUUUACAUUUGUUUUAUAAAUUAUGAUUUACAUAUGCCUUUUAUAUAUAACACUUGUAUACAUAUGCAAUAUAUAUGCAAUAGCAGUCCGUUGUGUCCAGAUUGUCACCCAACGAUGAAGCAGUCGUUUUCUGGUAACCACAACAUUGGCAUCCAGAUAGACGCGAUGCAUUCAGACGACAGGUGAUUCGGCUGGCUGUUGUGGCCGCAAGCCUAAGAGGAGCUACUGUUGGGCACUGUGGGACACUGACCGCCACAAGGGCUUCUCGUUGUCGCCGGGGCCCAGACCAACGCAAUCCUCGGGCUCGGCCUCGUCCACGCUUGGGAAGCGGGCUCUCAGGGCUCAGACCGGCACGAAAACACUGUUCGGUGUUGGUGAUGUCUUGCCGGAAUAGG